GUGGCCUGUGGGUCACACCAUGGCCGCCAACUUGAAUCUACCUUCUCCAUUACCACCCAUUUGUAAUCCCCAACGCUAUUUCCCAUUCCUUUUCCCGUAAAAUCCCACAAAACCUUAUUUGUCAAAUGAUGGGUAACAACUAACAAGAGCACAAAACAUACUUUCCCUUCUCAGUCGAUCUCACAUCCCCACAAAGCUCAUUCCCCUCGCAAUCCCAAGCACGCCUCCAUUGAAGCCAUGAACAAAACAAACCAAUCAGCUGAAGCUGAACCGUCAUGGUCAGAACUCUUAGGAAGCAACAGCUGGGAAGGGCUUCUAGACCCACUCAAUCUCUCCCUCCGCAAACUCAUCCUCCGAUGCGGCGACUUCUGCCAAGCCACCUAUGACUCCUUCAACAACGACGAGAACUCCAAGUAUUGUGGCUCAUGCCGCUACGGCAAGGCCUCCUUCUUCCACAAGGUCAUGUUCGAGCCCGCUUCCGACUACCAAGUCGUCUCCUUCCUCUAUGCUACUGCCAAAGUCGGCCAGCGCGAAGCCUUUCUUUUCCACUCGCAGUCCCGCGAGGCCUGGGACCGUGAGUCUAACUGGAUCGGCUAUAUCGCCGUGACCACCGAUGAGGUCAGCCGCGCCUUAGACCGACGAGAAAUCUACGUCGUAUGGCGCGGAACGACUAGGAGCUACGAGUGGAUUAAUGUGUUCGACGCCGACCUCGAGUCUGCCAAGCAGUUGCUUCGUUCAAAUGCGACUGCUGAAGUGGGCAAUGAUGGUAGCAGCAGCAGUAGUGAUAGCGAUGGUGAUAAUGAAAAGGUGCCAAAAGUUAUGAGUGGUUGGCUUACCAUUUACAUCUCGAACGACCCCAAGUCGCCCUUUACAAAAACAAACGCAAGAACACAACUUUUGACCAAGGUCAAGGAGCUGAUGAAGCAAUACAAAGAGGAGAAGUUAAGCGUGACAUUAACAGGGCAUAGUCUUGGUGCAAGCUUGUCGGUCGUGAGCGCUUUUGAUUUGGUGGAGAAUGUCGUUUCUGAUAUUCCGGUUUCAGCCAUUGUUUUCGGGUGCCCACAAGUUGGGAACAAAGCUUUCAAUGAGAGGCUCAAGAAGUAUCCAAAUCUUAAAGUUUUGCAUGUAAAGAACACCAUCGAUUUGAUACCGCACUAUCCAGGGCUGUUGCUGGGGUACAAGUACACAGGGGUCGAGCUGGUGAUAGAUACAAGAAAGUCAACAAGCUUGAAGGACUCGAAGAAUCCGUCUGAUUGGCAUAAUUUGCAGGCCAUGCUGCAUGUGGUGGCUGGGUGGAAUGGGGAGAAGGGGGAGUUUGAGCUGAAGGUGAAGCGAAGCCUGGCUUUGGUGAACAAGUCGUGUGAGUUUCUCAAGGAUGAGUGCUUAAUACCAGGGUCUUGGUGGGUGGAGAAGAACAAAGGGUUGGUGCGUGAUGAGAACGGGGAAUGGGUUUUGGCUCCACCGGAUGAUGAGGACCUUCCUGUCCCAGAGUAUUGACUCUUAGGAACAUCAUGAAUUGAAUGUUUGGUGAAGGUUUGGGGUUUAUCUGUUCCGCGUUCUGAACUUCAAUUUGUAUUUAGUCAUCUGUCGGUGGCAUACACGGAUGCAGCAGCUUCCUCCUUGUUCAUCUAGAACUAGUAUAAUAGAAUGUGCUUCUUAUCU